CUCCUCCUGCUGAUCCUCGCCGUUCCGACCUGAUUGUGCCCUACAAGGCCCGCGUCGGCGUCUACGAAGAAUCGAACGUCAUGCUCCUGGCAAGCAUCAUCUGCAUGGCUGCUCUCUUCCUCAGAAAGCGUCUGCUUGCCUGGACAGGCUUUGUCCUGACGGCGUCUGCCUUCAUGAGCGACAAUGGAGCACGAUCCGCUUCCAGCCAGUCACCUUUGUCGAUGCUGUUUAUGAGUGUGGCCGCUCUUCUCUCGAGUUACCUUCCUCUGCUCAUGAACCCUCCUGACAAGCGUUGACGCGCGUGACGACAGCCUGCGUUCGUGCCGCCACAUUUCGCGUUGCGUUUCCUCGAGUACAAUUGAAUAAAAUGAAUGUGAAUAAAACCACGCUCCAUCACGUUACCCGAUGUGUAUUUUAAUCUCUUCUAAUCACCUGUAACACACAAAUUUUCACAUAAAAGCAUG